AUGGGAAACUCAGUAGAUUGCUGUUAUAACACCCGACAAUACAACCAGUGUUAUUUCCCAUGCAUUCGGACUUGUUCGUACACCAGUCGCCGAGUGUGGUACAAUUACGAUGGACUGGAGAGUGUUCAGCCCUUGAUUGACGUCUUCAAACCCGAAGGGAGAGUGAUUCACAAGUUUCCUACAACGCUGGUGGACAUAACUGAGGAUCAUGAAAUAGCUAAGGCGUUGGCGUCAGGUAUUCAGUUAAACAGAUUAAAAUAGAGAAUUUAGGGUCCUGUUUAUAUGGAAAAAACUUGUCCCGAGUAGGAAGGUUACCUUCCCACCUGAGUCAACUUUAACCCUUUCACUGCCAGAGUGUUUGAUGGAGUUUUGUAAGGUGACUCUAACUUUUGAUUUCGUGGACGAAGUCCUAUGAUGUGACCAUUUAAAUGAAAGCUCUCUGCCUGUACUUUCACCUGCUGCUAUUUUUUUCUCACAAUUUUCAAAAAUGAAAUUUGGAAAUUUGGUCGAAACUUGCCUUUGGCCACAUUUGGCAGUGAAAGGGUUAAUUAGCGAGCGUUUAUAUGAGUAGAAAGUUGACCCGAGCCAAUAACGCUUACGCAUGCGCUGAGUGUAUCGCCUUGACUUGGUUGACGCAGCUGGGAGAGCCAAAGUAUGGAAAAACGUUGGCCCGGCUAGGAAGAUGACCAAGCUGAGCGAGUCACCCAUCUCACAAGGCGAACGUUUGGUUCUCAUGUAGCCUGCGUAGCAUGGCAGUUUUGUCGGGAGCACGACACAGUGAGCGGUGAAGCCGCAAAAACGCGCGCUCAUGAUGUUAAAGGUUUUCUGUUUCUCAUGCAAACUAAUUGAAGACAGUACCGUACCUCUCCUUCAUAAAAAGGUGCCGCGACAUUUUCUUUACCUUCUUCGGUUUUCCUCAUACAUUUAUUAAGAUCCUAUGUAUUAGUCCGAUCCUGAAAAUCGAACCCACGACCUGCCUCUGUCAGCGCUUCAUCACUUGAGUUAACGCUAUUGCCGUUUAAAAAAAUAUUCCGUGAUUUGUCUUUAUUUCAUGUUGAUUUCAAAAAGCCAAAAGAAGUUUCUGUUUUGAAUGCGCAGGCCUGGAUCCACCGGGACAACUAGCUGCCAUCUGUCGCUUCGCCAGUAACUAUGGAUACCGAAUUCGCGCCGUAGGAACCGGAUCCUCGUGGUCUCGUCUGACCAGCACACGCGACAUUCUGAUUGACAUGACGAAUCUGAAUCGUAUUUUAACUCGUAAGCCAGCGAACCGACGAGAAAAUCUACAGAAGGAAUACGUGGAUAUCGAAGUAGAAGGAGGCAUGCAGGUUUAUCGAUUUGUUGAGAAGCUUGACAAGGCCUAUGGGCUUGGGCUCCCGAUGAUGGGAAAUUAUGCCGGGCAGACAGUUGCCGGGGUAGCUUCUACAUCCACACAUGGAUCCGGAUAUUUUUCUGGGACUAUGGUAGGUGCUACUGCUUAGAAAGGUGUCGAAAGGCCUGAUUACAUUGGACAGAGAAAGGGUUCGUGUUGUGUAAAAAACGAUACCCAUACAAUGCAUUUUCAAGUUUAAUCAACUUUAUGAUUAUUUAAUACUUAUUUAAUUGACUAGUGUACUUUGCACGUUAUUUAACGCAUUACAUUUUUUAGACUGUUUUCCCACUCAUAUGUAUACCUUGUCAGUAACUGUACUCAAAUUGUUGGUGGCCCCUCCUAAAAUGUUCUACAAUUGGUAUAGUAUUUAAUGGAGCAGAAACCAAUUGUGAAACUGCACACAUUUUAUCCAACUGAUGGACAGUUACGACUUAUAACAAUUUGCAAUAACAAUUUGCCGUCUGUCCCCUUUGAAUUGAAUACGUUACAUAUGAGAAUGAUCAAUGUUUUAUUAGUUAUUGAAACUUCCGGCCCCUUGGAAUUUUCUGCUAACGUAUAUUGAGAAAUCAAAAUGGUAAGGCAACCUCUUAGAGUAUCCAGGGAGAUACCGAAAGUCAUUCUCAUGAACUGUUUUGAGGAAUCCUUUAUCCUAUGCACACUGAGGAACACGCCCAUAUCGAGUCUUUGUCAAAAUUCUUUGACCAGCAGUUACAGAAAUAACUAGAAGUUGUUUACGCCGUGAUUUAGACAAGGCUAAACGAGUUUCUUGGUCACGCAUCGCACUCGGCUACAUCUACCGCUACCCCUGGGUCGUAACGUCUAUUAUAAUGAGCUAGCUUAAACGUACCAGACAACGCAGGGGUUAUAGUUUAGCGCAAAGCGAGAAAACUAUGUCCAGCCAAACGCUUCCUUCGAUUAAAUGAUGGUACGCUCAGCUUUAAUAAAAAUAAGUAACUAAUAAGUGAAUAUAUACCUCCACAUGUCGUAUGUUUAUUUCUUUUUUUACGCAGUCGACUUUAGUCGUUGGUUUCCAUUUAAUCAUCUCGAAUGGCAUUCAGGUUAAACUGACCAGAGGAGACGAAACAUUUGACCAAUGCCAAGAAAAAAUCAAGCGUGCGCAGUACGGCGGUAGCCCAGUAGAGCUCAAAAGCACCGAUGUGUUUCGCGCAGUGGCUGUUGGAUUGGGCUCCCUGGGCAUCAUCUACUCCAUCACCUACCGUUGUAUCCCUGUUUAUAAUAUUGAAGAGGAAAGAACUGUUGUCCAAAUCCCCUGGCCAGGUCAGAAGGCGUUUCAUGUCCAGCAUAAAUUUGAGGCAAUCCUGCGGAACCGCACAGAAGGGGAGUUUUUCUCAGUGUUUGUUAACCCGUAUCCUGAGCCGAAGAGGUAAUAAUUCGCGAUAUCAUUACCCUGCUAUACAGCUGAACCUUCACUAUAUAAACGGCCACCCUCGAGGUACCUUCAAGUAGCCGCUUAAUAGAAGUUGGCUGCUCAUGAUCAAUAGAGGUUCGUCAUAAAUUAGCAAAACAUGAGCAUAAUCUUUGGAAGAAGCAUCACUUUAUUUUGAAACAAACGCGCGACAGGAGUAGCAUUACUCGUCCACAAUCCGUCGUCAACUUCGAUCUCAGAUUGUACUUUCCUCCAUUUUAUUCUUCAAAUAAAGCCAAACUAUUGGAUAGAGGUGAUAACAAUAGGGGAACUCUCGUUGGGACGGUAAUUAAAAAGGUGGCCGCGGCCGCUUUAUAGAGGUUUAAGUACCCAUUCUUUCGGGAUUUUAUCACUGGCCACUUAAUGGAGGUUCAACUGCAGUUAAGUAGUAAAUACAAUCAAAACUUACUGAAGACACUACAAAACACGUUUUAUGGAGGACGUGAAAGUACAACGAAGAAUUAAGAAUUCAACUCCAAGAAAAAAAGCCCACGUUUGAAAAAUAGAGCGGGUCCAAAUAGAUGCAAUAAAAGUUUCAAACGACGCAAAUCCAUAUUUUGAGCGAUGUUUUCAACGCCGUAGUCGUCAUCGUCGUUGCUUAAGCUACUUAUUACUGAACACACGCACGAAAAAAAAGGACUUCGUUUGCUACAAUUAUUUAUUUUUCUUUAGAUAUUUGUACGCAGCAUACCUAAAAGGAAAGAAAAGCACCCGCAGCCCAACAUGCUGUGCCUGUUGCUCUUGGUGGUGUUGUAAGGGUGGCAGAGGAUGCGCAGAAGUUGGCUGUAUGCAGACAGACUGUACAGCGUCUUGCCUUCAGACGUGUGCUUCAUGUUGCCCAACACGAAUUCCAGAUAUCACGAACUUUGGCGUUUCUCAAUUUUCUCAAAAACAUCCUUACGUACAGAAAUGGUACAAUGUUUUGCAGUUCACCAAAGGCAACAUGCAGUGAGUAUUUUAAUUUUCAUCUAGUUGAAGAAAACAGCUGACAGAAAACAAAAGAAAUCGCUGGUGAAAAGAGGCUUUUUGGUAAUUCAUUUCUAGAAUUUUUUGAGCUGCAUCACAAAAGUGGACCAUUCGGCUUCAACCCCCUUCUUUAACCGAUGCGGAAAAAGGUGGCAGGAUGGAGUAUCGAAAUCCUACAGCCAAUUCCCUGGCUAGUAAUAAAAUCGCCAAUUGAUUUUUAGGAGAAUGAUCAGUAGUAACUGGCGGAGGAUUUUAGGGGGGAUCGCUGAAAACUUUGGACCACUCAAAUUUGCUUGGAAAAUGAAGACAUAGGCGGGGGGAUCGCGAAAGUCAUCAAAAGUUUAUUAGGGGAUCACUGCAGUGAAGUAACAUUCAAAGGGAGAUCGGCUAAAUUUCACCUUGUUUAGCCCCAAAUCCUCCACCCCACCCCCAUUAUUUUUCUGGAAAAACAGCAAGGGAAAAAGGGUUAAAUUUCGGCACAGGAAAUUGUUGGUAUUAACAUGGUCGCUGUUCCAUUGUUUUGUACACUGAAGGUGAUGUCACAGGGGACGAUUCGCAACGACGUGUUUUAGCAAAACACAGCGCUGCAAUGUUGGAACAAUGCAGUUGUAACCAUUCGAAACCAUGUUGCAACAAUGCUGCAACGCUGUGUUGCGCUAAAAAUCGUCGUUGCGAAUCGUCUCGCGUGUAACAUUACCUUAACAUGGUCGCCGUGACAGCUUCAAAGUUAGCGGUUCAGUUGAGAUAAUCGCCAUAUUCCUCUUCCGUUACAGCAUUCGUACGGCUGAAUUUUGCAUUCCAUUGGCACAUUUAGACCAAGCUUUGGGUGAAGUCAUUGAAAUAGCCAAUCAAUAUGCAAAGAAGUUCAAACAGUAUUCUUUGUUACCAAUUUACGUUCGAUUUGUGAAGACAGACGACCUGUACCUUAGUCCGGCGAACAGCAAAUGUGCAGUGGAUGGAAAUAACAAUGACCAUGCCUGCUAUAUAGAGGUACAAAUGUUAAAUAAACCUAAAAUGAUAAUGGAAGCGACAACGAUAACGGUAACGAUAACGACAACGGAACCGGUAACGAUAAUGAUAACUUACGGUAACAGUAGGGGCAAUGGUAUUGAUAACGAUAACGAGAACGGUAUCGUUACGAUAAUGAUAACGGUAACGGUAACAGUAAGGGCAAUGGUAUUGAUAACGAUAACGACAACGGUAUCGUUACGAUAAUGAUAACGGUAACGGUAACAGUAAGGGCAAUGGCUUGAUAACGAUAACGUCAACGGUUUUUUACGAUAAUGAUAACGGUAACAGUAAGGGCAAUGGUAUUGAUAACGAUAACGACAACGGUAACGGUAACGAUAAUGAUAACGGUAACGGUAACAGUAAGGGCAAUGGUAUUGAUAACGAUAACGACAACGGUAACGAUGACGAAAAGGAUAAUUGUUGGUUUUCACAUGACGUCACUAAAAUUCAAACUACAAAACUAUCGAUCCUACUGAGAUUUUACUUUCAUGGUGUAUUAGGGCAGCUGAAAACUAAUUUUCAAACAAAUUUUCGCUUCAAAAGGGUUCUUGGUUUUGAAAGAGUACGCUUGAAUUUCUAAGCUUUUGCGUGACGCAGGUUUGCACGACGGCCGAGAGAGCUGCCAUUUAGGUUUAAAAAGUGACUUUUGUCGAGGAAUGAAGCUAUCUAAACAGUUCAAGUAUUAGAAAAAGUAUUACUUUAACGUUUAUGGGUUCCUCUAGGAGUAAAUUCAUGCUUUUGUAGCAAAAUUCGGUAACAGAUGUUUCUGUUGGUUUCCGUCCGCCAUGUUGGAGCUCAUCCCGAUGAGCUCUAGCAUGGCGCCUCCAUACAAAGCUCUAUAAAUUUGGGUAAAACAUUUCAUCGGAUAUCUCGUAUACGUUUUAUUCCUUCGACCCAAAUCUUGGCGACGGUGUUGGUAUAUUUACCUCCUUUCAUUUCCCAGAUUCUGGACUUUAUCUGUGGAACGAUUUUGAUUUUGAUUUUGAUCUAUUUUGAAUGGCGUGACACUGAAAACCAGCAAUAAUAAUGACAAUGAUAACCAAGAGCAAGACGUUAUGAACUCUGUAUAAGAACAUAGUUUUUAGGGGUUUGAAUGUUCAGCUCUUUUUGUCUAACAAAUAAAUAAACACAAUUGUGGGGGAUGGUCGUGGAGGGUAUAAGUUUUAUGAAGGGAAAGCGAGAACGAAUUAAGGGUGACAGUUAUAGCCUUGCACGAGAAAGCUUUUUCCUGUAAGGAUUCACUGAGGAUUACAUUUUUUUGUAGGUUUUUCAUUCCCGGAAAGGCUGUUAUACGUCCCGUCGUCCAAUUUAAGUCCAACCACGGUAAUGGAAAUCUUCAUUGCCAAUUAAUUUCUCUCCUAAAUUUUCAGAUCCCCUUUCUACCAGGAGCAUUCGGUAUCGAAGAAUAUCACAAAAACAUCGAGGACAAACUGUUCACAAAGUAUAAGGCUCGACCACACUGGGGCAAAAAUCAUCACCUUACGACAGGCAGAAUUUAUGAGUUGUACCCAGAUCUUGAAGACUGGAAAAAGGUUUUUAGACUUUUCAACGCGACGGGUAUUUUCUGUAAUGAAUUCACACACAAUGUAGGGUUUGACACAUGCAUUGCGGACCUAUUGAAACUUAGGGCCGGAAAUGACACUGGGAUUGUUAAUGAUGGGCUUGCGGAGGACGACGUCAUUACGUUGCAGCCCACUGCUUAG